CACCAAGGCCAUGGAAGUGGAGGCUGCGGAGGCCAGGUCCCCAGGCCCCUGCUACAAGCGCUCUGGCCGCCGUUACAAGUGCCUGUUCUGUACCAAGACGUUCCCAAACGCUCCCAGGGCAGCCCGCCACGCCGCUACGCACACACCUACCGACUGCAAAGAGGAGGUGAAUGAGGUCCAGCCAAAGGUGGACACGGAGCCCAAGGCUGAGGAAGCCAGUGGAGAAAAGGUAGCCGGGUCUGUAGCCAAGCCCCGGCCCUAUGCCUGCCCACUGUGCCCCAAGGCCUACAAGACAGCUCCUGAGCUACGCAGCCAUGGGCGCAGCCACACGGGUGAGAAGCCCUUCCCGUGCCCCGAGUGUGGCCGCCGCUUCAUGCAGCCAGUGUGCCUGCGUGUGCACCUGGCUUCGCACGCUGGUGAGCUGCCCUUCCGAUGCACACACUGCCCGAAGGCUUAUGGUACGCUCUCGAAACUCAAGAUCCACCAACGUGGGCACACGGGCGAGCGGCCCUAUGCCUGUACGGACUGCGGCAAGAGCUUUGCUGACCCUUCGGUGUUCCGCAAGCAUCGGCGCACACACGCCGGCCUGCGCCCCUACAGCUGCGAGCGCUGCGGCAAGGCCUACGCCGAGCUCAAGGACUUACGCAACCAUGAGCGGUCCCACACGGGUGAGCGCCCCUUCCUCUGCUCUGAGUGUGGUAAAAGCUUCUCUCGAUCCUCUUCCCUCACGUGCCACCAGCGUAUCCAUGCAGCCCAGAAACCCUAUCGCUGCCCCGCUUGCGGUAAGGGCUUCACACAGCUCAGCUCUUACCAAAGCCAUGAGCGCACGCACUCGGGCGAGAAGCCCUUCCUGUGCCCGCGCUGUGGCCGCAUGUUCUCUGAUCCCUCGAGCUUCCGCCGCCACCAGCGGGCACACGAGGGUGUGAAGCCUUACCGCUGCGAAAAGUGCGGCAAGGACUUCCGGCAGCCAGCCGACCUGGCCAUGCAUCGGCGAGUGCACACGGGCGACCGGCCCUUCAAGUGCCUGCAGUGCGACAAGACUUUCGUAGCUUCCUGGGACCUCAAGCGGCACGCGUUGGUGCACUCGGGACAGCGGCCGUUCCGCUGUGAAGAGUGUGGGCGAGCCUUCGCCGAGCGAGCUAGCCUCACGAAGCACAGCCGCAUGCACUCCGGCGAGCGUCCUUUCCACUGUAACGCCUGCGGGAAAUCCUUCGUGGUGUUAUCCAGCCUCAGGAAGCAUGAGCGGACCCAUAGAAGCAACGAGACUACAGGAGCCGCCCCCCAGCAGGAGCUGGUCCUGGGACUGGCACUGCCUGUAGGCGUUGUGGGUGAGGGCUCGUCCGCCCCCGUGCCAGGUGCAGGGCUAGGGGACCCUCCAGCAGGUCUGCUAGGGUUACCGCCCGAGUCUGGUGGUGUAGUAGCUACACAGUGGCAAGUGGUGGGCAUGACUGUGGAGCACGUGGAGUGCCAGGAUGCCGGGGAGGCUCCUGGUACCCUGGGAGAUGCAGGCGAGGUGGGGGGCGAGGAGACUGAUGAGAAGCCCCCACAGUUUGUGUGUCGCGAGUGCAAAGAAACUUUCUCCACAUUGACGUUGCUGCGCAGGCAUGAGCGCUCCCACCCGGAGCUCCGGCCCUUUCCCUGCACCCAGUGUGGUAAGAGCUUCUCAGACAGGGCUGGCCUUCGUAAGCAUAGUCGCACCCACAGCUCUGUACGCCCCUACUCCUGUCCCCAGUGCCCCAAAGCUUUCUUGAGUGCCAGUGACCUGCGCAAACAUGAACGCACCCACCCUGUGCCCAUCGGGACCCCCAUUCCCCUGGAGCCCCUAGUGGCUUUGCUAGGAAUGCCAGAAGAAGGGUCAGCUUGA